UGUUCGUGGAGCUGAAAGCCCCCUUUGAAGGGGGAAGAAGUUUGAAGAGGACCCGCGGGCAGCAGGACAAGCUCAGUGUUUCUUAGAAACAAACCUGCUCAAGUCUCUCUGAAUGUCUUCACCGUGGAGGUGGCAUAAAGUGCUCGGCGUUUUUGAGAUGUUAAGAUAAAGAAGUUUGAAAGCUCGAGUUUCUGGCUUUGGAGUUGUGGAGGGAAGGAAACUGAUUUACCGCCUGGUUGAUGACUUUUCCAGCGUGCAGCCGUGAAUGCUGUCCGGGAAGAGGUUAGCAGCUACACCGCGGGACUCUGUGACGGAAUAAUUAAGAAGAAGAAGAAUACGGCGGACUGCGCGCUGGAAGGAAUCCUCUUUUGUAACCUGUCUCUUACUCGCUGGGAUUUUGCAACUUGUACCUAGAAAUGGUUGGCAGUUUGAACUUGCCAAAUUUAUGUGAAGGAGAUCCUCUGGAUAUGAGUUGCAGGGCUGAGAGAGGACUUGAUAGCCCGGACUCUGGCUUACCCCCUAGUCCGAGCCCCAGUGCCUGGCUGCUGCCUGUGUCCGCAGAUAAAGCCGGUGGAGUGAGCUCUGUGUCUGAAGACGAAGGAAGGGUCUCCCUGGUUCCAGCUUUACCUGCUGGAUCUUUCCCACAGCUACACCCGCUGUCCUUUGGGGAAGGCAUAGCACUUGAUCCAUUACCACCAAAGGAAAUGAGAUACACCUCCUCAGUGCACUAUGACUCAGACCGCCACUUCAUCCAGAAUGUCAGCCUGGAGCCGUGGGGCCAAAGCCUCGAGCACUGCAGGCAGACCGUUAUGGCUGUGUCCAACAGCACCUGGCGCCACUACGUGACACAGCUAGAGUUCCAGCCUCGCCAUCGCCCCAAGCAGUUCAAGAGCACCACCAUCAUCUACCCCAAGAAAGCCAGCACCAUCUAUACCACAGAGCUGAGCUACAACUGUCACCGGCUGUCCAGGCGUUUCCUCUCCAGCGUAGAGUUGGAUGCUGUGGCCAACAGAAAGUUACCUCAGUGAGAGUGGAAUCACGGGGGGAGAUGGCCGGGGACAUGCUGUCAUUCCCUCGGCCCCUAAAUUGGUGCUCCCUUAAGGCUAGUUGCCACUGACCUGCUGUCUUGUCUUUUUUUAACACUUGUGUAGCCUGCUAUCAUUUUAAGAAGUGUGUUUAUAUAACAUGUUACAGAGAACAAAGCAGGUAAGACAUGGUUUGAGUAGAUUAAAUAUUCAGACCAUGUCAGGACAUGUUUAUAUCCCUGCCAAUGAAUGAAGCUCUCCACUAGCAUGGGUAUUACUUUUGAAUGCUUCAGGUUGUAGUUGGUUGAAAGGUUUCCAGAGGUGUAAUGAUGCGUUGUUUUUAUUAGCUGUAGAAACAAUAUGGACCAAAAUGAGGACAAUGCAUAUUUGCUCUGAGCAAAUUGUGUUGCAUUAAGCUGGUCAAGCGUGUGAGUGGCUUCUUUAAAAAUUAUCUUUAAAGCGAUUAGGCUGUAGCUAAAGACAGGAGCACCUUUUAACACUGCUGAGGAUGUUCAAGGAGCAGAAGAGCAGUAAACACUUUUUUUUUUUUUUUUUAUUAAAUAUAUAUGCUUAAAAAAAUAUAUCACUAACUUAUCCACACUGUACAAAACGGCUGGUUUUGUUUUGUUUUUUUGUGCACAGCCAACAACUUAAGCUCUUUGCAAGCCUUGCCUCUAGCUACUGUUAAAGGCCGCACUUAAUAUUGUAUGAUGUAAAUAUUGAUGGAUUAAGGAAACUUCUCUAUUCAUAAUCGUGUGUAAGCUUAAACUGAACAAGCAGGUAGUUUAGAUGAAUCACGAGUGUGGAGUUUACUGAAGUGGAUACUAUGUUGGUAUACUUUACUAGCUUACUAGUCAAAGUAACAAGCUGCAUUCCCCUGCUACAACUUUUCCUGUGACCUGUUUGGAGUUUGUAUUUAUCUUGUUGAUAUUUUGGAUCUGACUUUUUUAUUAUCAGAUGGUUAAAUGAGUCUCUACACAAAUGUGGUGUGCUGAGGAGUAUUUUUGUAAUUUCUUUUUAAAAUUUUAAUUGGUGUAUUGGUUGACUCUUCUUUUCCCCCCCCCGCAUCAGUCACAUAUUCAGUGCCAGUUUAAAAUAAAGAGAUUUGUUAAAAGAACAAGAUGUAUGUUUUAUAUGGAGUGAGGAAAAAAAUGACUGACCUCUAAUUUACAUUUGUAAACUGUUUUGAACUAUUUCAUGGUCACAGACCAAAUGCUAGUUAGUGUCUAACCUAUUGUCCAGACAAUGCCUUGUUAAAUCUGAAGAUCUAACUUAAGUAA